GAAUCGGAGAAGAAAAGAGAUAGCAGCUGCCAUUCACCUGGAAAUCGUUCCAGGUGUUUCUUAAAUUCAUUUUUUAACAGAAAUCUUAACUAUUUUUAAGAGAAAAACUAAAAAAUAAAAACUAAAAACUAUCACCGAAGAAGAAGCUAAAAGAUUCGAGUGGAAAGCUUUUACUUUCACUUUUAAAUGCAACUUUGGUCACACUGCCAGCCCGCACAUGUUUUAUUUUUUAAACAAACUCGGAAAUUAAAUAAAAAAAUAUAUUUCUAAGAACUUCUAACACCCAAAAAUGACCAAGGACAUCAAGAGGAAGCUACUGGCUCAGCAACAAGUCUUCUCCCGGAUGAACUUCCUCUUCCAGGCCGCCCAUCUGAUGGCCGACAGGGAGCAGCCCAAACUGGCGGCCUAUUACGGAAAAUUGUGCCGGAAUGUGGGCACCAAGGCCGUCAUGCACAUGGCUCCGGCCGUGAAGCGCCAGUUGUGCCGUCGCUGCUCCCUGCCCCUGAUUCCCGGCCGGAACACAGAGCUCCAGCUGGAGGAGAAGAGUACGGAAAUCAAGCCCAAAAAGAAGCGUAAUCGUAGGCUGAAGAAGAAGCCCAACAACGACAAGAGAGAGGAGGCGAAAUCUCCACUAGAACCUGCUCCAGAAAUCCCCAAGAAAACCGAACGAAUCCCCGUCUUCUUGGAGUGCUCGCUCUGCCAAAGCCGACGCACCUUUGUGCCCACAGAGAGCCAGAGAGAGUGCUGGCUGGAGCAGCCGGAGGCCGUCGUCUCCGAGUUCUCUUUGCGGGAAGAGAACGGCCAGUGA